AUGAGUUACACAUCUCUCGCUGAAAGAAGAUCAAAACGAGGCGUGAGGCAUGUUAACUAUAAUGAAACUCAGAUGUGGAACCGCACACUUCAAGAUUAUUCAGAUUCCGACUCUGAUGAAAAUGAGAAAGGUAGAAAUGGCAGAGGCAAGGCAAACAACAAGAAAAAUUCCUUCGAUUACUCAGAAUCAGAAUAUGAACAACAAGAAUUCAGCGAUACUACACCAUCCGAGUCCGCUUACGGUUCAACAGAUGAAUCAGGUAAAGAAAACUAUUCAUCAUCAAGUGAAGGAGAGUAUUAUGAAGAAGAAGAAACCGAGGAGGAAACAGAAGACGAGUUAAUUGUUCAGUCUAUCCUUGGAAAGAAAGACAAUACAGAAGAUGAUGCGCCUAAAAACAAAGAUGAUCAAGAAUACUACGUUAAAUUCCUCGAUAAAGCAUAUAUUCAUUGCCAAUGGCUCAAAGCUAAAGAAAUCAAAGAACUCGAAGGAGGAGAAAAUGCACUUACAAGGUUCGAAAAUAAGUGUCAGAAGUUUAUUCUUUCUCCUUCUGUAUCAAUUGGAGACCUUCUUACAUUUGAGGAUCAAGAAAUUAACCAAGUUUGGUUCCAAAUCGAUCGAAUUAUUGAUGAAAAGGGAGAUCUUGAAGAUAAUGAUUUAGAGUACCUCGUUAAAUGGAAAGGCCUCGAAUAUGAUGAAGCCACAUGGGAAAAGGCCGAAGAAAUUAAAGAAAAAGAUAAAAUUAAAGAAUACCAAGAACAUCUCAAAAUCGCUAAUCCAAAGAAGAUCCCAUCACGUUGGAAACGCCCAAGCGCUAAAGAAUUCAAAGAACUCGAAGAAUCUCCGAAAUCAAAACAUAAUUACGAAUUACGUGACUACCAGCUCAAAGGCCUUAACUGGCUUCGCUUCUGCUGGUACAACAAGCGUAAUAACAUCCUUGCCGAUGAAAUGGGUCUUGGUAAAACUGCACAAACCGUUUCAAUGCUUGAAAGUCUCAGAAAAUACGAAAACGUACGUGGCCCAUUCCUUGUAAUGGCUCCACUUUCAACAUUGCCGCACUGGAGAAACGAAUUCGAAGAAUGGUCGUCCUUAAAUACGAUUGUUUACCAUGGAAAUGCGGAUUGCAGAGAACUUAUUCGCAGAUCCGAGUUCAAUUGCCUCAACAGCAAGGGCAAAAUCAUACCAAACUGCGUCCAAUUCGAUGUUUUGGUCACAAAUUAUGAAACUGUUUUACAAGACUUCAAUGUUUUCGCUGAUAUCGAGUGGAGAUACAUUAUCUUUGAUGAAGCCCACAAAUUGAAGAACUCCAAAGGCAAGCUCUACAAGAAAGUCGAAACGUUGACUUUCGAACAUUGUACAAUGCUCACCGGAACUCCAAUUCAGAACAACAUGGAAGAACUCUGGGGUCUUUUGCAUAUUCUCUUCAUCGACCAACCUAAUUUCUUCACUCUCGAAGAAUUCAACGAAAAAUACGGCAACAUGACUGAUUCCGCACAAGUCAAGUCCAUACAGAAGCUUAUCAAGCCAUUAAUGUUGCGUAGAAAGAAGUCCGAUGUCGAACAAUCCAUUGCGGCCAAAGAAGAAACAAUUGUAAGAGUCGAAUUGACAAGGACACAGAAAAAGUUCUACAGAGCAUUACUUAGUGAAAACGCCAGUACAUUAUUAGAACAAAUCACAGGAUCAGCAGCCAACAACUUGCAGAACAUUGCCAUGCAACUUAGAAAAGUCUGCAAUCACCCGUAUUUGCUCAAAAACGCCGAAGACACAGAAGUCAAGGAAAGAAUGGCCGAUCCAGCGAAUAAAGGCAAAUCUCGUGAUCAAAUCGAGUUGGAAGGAUUAGUUGAAUCUUCCGGUAAAAUGGUCUUCAUUUCCAAACUCCUUCCAAGACUAAAAGAACAAGGCCACAAAGUCCUUAUUUUCUCCCAAAUGGUCAGAGUUCUCGGAAUCAUCUCCAUAUUUUUGGAAGCGAACCAAUACAAAUACGAACGUCUUGAUGGUUCAGUAAAUGAUAACGACAGACAAGCAGCCAUUGAUAGAUUCAACCAAGACCCAGAAGCCUUUGUUUUCCUUCUGAGUACAAAGGCAGGUGGUGUUGGUAUCAAUCUAACAGCUGCAAACACUGUCAUCAUUUACGAUUCAGACUGGAAUCCGCAAAACGAUAUCCAAGCCGAAGCAAGAUGCCACAGAAUUGGUCAGACACAGAAAGUCAAAGUUUACAGAUUAGUUACUCGCGCUACAUAUGAAGAGAAGAUGUACGAACGAGCAAGUAAGAAACUUGGCUUGGACCAUGUCGUUUUAGAUGGCGGAGACAUGUCGAAAGAGAAACCAAUGAAAGCGAAGGAAAUCGAAGAAAUGUUGAGAAACGGUGUUGUCAACAUUUUCAAUGAUGAUAACACACAGGCUGAUGAAUUCACUGCUGCUGAUAUCGACCAGAUCUUGGAUAAGAGAGCAACAACAACUUUCGCGGAUGUCGUUGCAGGCGGAGACUCCGUUUUCGCUACAGCACAAUUCAAAGCAGAUAAUGAUACUUUGGAUAUGAAUUCUGCUGAUUUCUGGGCAGAAAUAUUACCAGAAGCGAGAAUGGAUAAGUUCAAUCAGCCAACAAUGAGAAGAUGCAGACAAACUAAACUCGAAAUGGAGAUAAUGUCCGGAGAAAAAGACACAGACAUGAAAGGAGCGAUUCUUGAAAUAACAUACAAAGGAUAUACAGAAAAACCUUUUGAAAGACUCAUUUUAAUGGCUGCUGAUUCUUUGUAUAAAUCAAAGAGUUCUCAUGAUAAACAGGCCAUCAAUAAAAUCAUGUCUACAUUCCCACCUGAAGAACAAGGAGAACUCGAAAAGUUCUUGGGCCAACACGGUGUAGAAGUCGAACAAUCAAUCGAGAAAAUCUACUUGAGAUGCGCUUUCUUCUACAGAUUAAGAAGAAUUCUUUUCUUGAUUCAAGAAGGUGAUUAUAAAUGGCCGGCCAUUUUACCACCAUGGGAAGAUCCUGUUGCUGAAUACGCAUUGAUGUUAGGUGUUUACAAGUACGGAAUGCACGAGUUGACAGCGAUUCCUGAAGACAAAGAGCUCGGAUUAAUGGAAGCAAGGCCAUUAACAAGAAGCGCUUUGGAAAAGAGAGUUAGAGAGCUAUAUAUACAACUCGAAAAGGAAUUCACUGAAGAACAACUCAACAUCGAUGUUCCUGAAGAUUUCAAGCCACUUUUGCCUUCGGAAUGGAAGACAAAACAUUCUUCAGUUUUGGCAAGAAAAAUUUUGUAUGAUUCUGAAGUUUUGUCACUUUUCCAAGCAAUGUGUGUUAUUGGAGCACCAGAAACAGAAGACGGAGAGAUGAUUGAUUGGGAGAGAUUGCGCCAGUUCUGCAAACUCACUUUAGUUACUGCAAGAGCCGUUGAACAAGUCGCACAACAAAUUAUCGAUCUUUCAAACGCUGAACAAGAGAAUACAACAGUUACUGAUGACGAACAGAACAAAGAAGAAGGCGAAGGAGGUAAUAACAACGUUGAUUUAUCUCCUUACGACAAAUUGAAGUGCGUACAAGGAAAGAUUUCGAAGAAAGACGUGAGAAAAGUCCAUCAAUCCAUCAAAGAAAUGGCGAAAAUUUACAGAUUUGUGCGUAAAUUAUCUCACAGAAGAAUCGAAUCCCUUAAACAAGCUCCUAAACUCAGUAACGGACCAGAUUGGUGGAACUGGGAAUGCGAUUUAGCCCUCAUCAAGAACAUCGCAAUGUACGGACAACAAGCAACUUCCAUUUGGAUUGUUGAUCCACAAGGACCAUUCAGAGCUCACAUUCCUCCUGAGUUAUUGGAAUCAUUUGAAGAUGCAGCAUCAAAAGAGAAAGAAAAACUUGGAAAAGGCAAAGCAAUUAAGCCAUCUGACCAAGGUCCAUUUGUUUUCUUGUUCAGAGAAAGAACAAGAAUAGCAAGAGCAAUUACUGUAAUUACUUAUGUAUUCAAAGAUGUCGACAAAGUCAAGAAACACGAGAAAACAGAGAGAAAGUCGAAAGCAACUGGUGAAUACAAAGUAAAGACAAAAGAUCUAAGAGUUACAGAACUCGGAGCAAUUCUUAACAACAGGUAUUUCGUCAAGAAAACUCAUGUUUGUCCUAUUGGCUACACAGCAAUCAGAAGAUAUAGAUUCCCAAGCCAAAAGGAAUACAUGAAUUACAAAUGCGAAAUCUUGUCACAAAAUGAUAGGCCUUACUUCAAAGUAACAAACAUUGAUGCUGAUCCACCUCAAGUUUACGAAUCUGAUGAUGUAAACAACGUUUUCAAGCUCAUUGUUGAGGACAUGUGCAAAGAUCCGAUGCAGAAGAAACCUUCAAUUAAAGGCAAUUUCUUCUUUGGUCUCGUCAAUAAAGACGUCAAAGCAGAACUUUCUAAACUCCCUGGAGCAGAAAGUAUCUCUUGUUUGAUCCAAGAACCAACGACAUUACCUUUCAAGGUAAAGAUUCCUUUAGUCAAGUUGGAGGACUUACAAGAGAAGCAACAACAGUAA